UAGAAGGAGUAGGAAGUAACAUUGAGAAAGGGGAAAUAGAGAAAGAAGAAAGACAGAAUAUAAAUAGAGGGGAAGUGAAUGAGAUAGAGAAAGUAACUUAGAUAACCGGAGUGAUAAAGAAGAGAAAGAAAGAUAGAUAGUGGGGGGUGAGUAAGAAAGGGAAAGAAAGACAGAUAGAGGGAGUGUCAAAUACUCGAAAGAAAGAUAGGUAGAGGAAGUAAAAUGGGUGAAAACAGGUAUUGUUGGGUGGAGGUUCCGUUAAUGCUGUCCGUUUUCGUGGAUAUACUAACUGUGACUGUGUAAGAGAUACUGGUUGUGACCAGUGUCCUGUGACGGAUUUCCUCAUGUACUAAGUAACACCACGAUUGCUACUAGCAGUGGUUAAGUUGGUGUUGUCGGUGGUGUUGUUGUUGGUGUCGGUGGUGGUUUAAUAUAACCUCAACCGUGAUCGCGGUUUUGUGUGAGUUGUUGACGCUUGUUUCAUCGUCUCCUUUUACAUUCUAAUUACACUAUCACAAGUACAACUAACGGUAAUCACAUGUAACCACUACUACACCGCAACGAAUACACAUAUAUAUAUAUACAUACGUACACAUAAUUAUUGUAACAUCCUCGUUGCCACCCCUACGAACACAUCAGUUCAGUACAACCACCUCACAUCAAAACACACCAUUCUAACUACUACCAUCGCCAAUAACAACAACAACAACAAGGCACCCGUCAGCACUAUCUAUCUAUCUAUCCAUCUACUAUCUAUCUAUCUAUCCAUCUUCCAUCUAUCUAUCUUUCUCUCUAUCUAUCUGUCUGUCUGUCUAUCUAUCUACCUAUCUAUCUAUCUUUAUCUAUCUAUCUAUCUAUCUAUCUAUGCCAAUAACAUCGUUGCUACUACAACACUACCCUCUAGACAUCAAGAAGUGCCUGUCUCCACCACCGUCACUAUAACAACAGCAGCAGCAAUAAAUAACAAGACACUGUCAUCAGAACCAGCGACAACAACUACUACAACAGUUACCGUCAUCAGCCACUAAAACCACGAUUGCUACCUCACAUAUUUGCAGUAUUAGUUUCGUUUUUAUGUAUUCUGCUGUCGUGUGAACGAAUGGCUCCUUGAGCCACAACUGGUGAUACAAUAAUGAUACGAGUUUCAAUCCCCAGUUUUCGUAAAGUCGAAGGUGAAAAUGACAGAAGCUACACGGUAUUUUAUGUCCAAGUAUGGAUGUCUGGAAGAUAUAAUUCGGUCGAAAGACGCUAUACUGAAUUUGAAGAUCUGCACAAACAGCUAAAGAAACUGAUUGCUACUCCAGAAUUCCCUCCAAAGAAGAUGUUAAAAUGGAACCACAAAGUGUUGGAACAAAGAAGGCAGCGUCUUCAACUUUACAUCCAGACUGUAUGUCAAACCACCAGCAGCAAUGGUUACAUUCCUCCGGCAUUGUUCAAUUUCUUAGAACUGGAGCCAUAUGAACCCGGCUUUGAGUCUGUGGACCAUAUGCUCCAGGAACCUGUCCUAUGUUCCCACAAACCAAUGGUCAAGUUUGAAGAAGAUGCCUUUCUGUACGACACUAACAAAACGUUGCUUCCAGAUACCAUUAUCUCAGGUGUACAUCUUGGACUAUAUUCCACUGAACACGAUGCCACAGUUCGGUAGCUUACCAUCACAUGCAACAUGAACAGACUGCUUUUUUUUUUUUUAUGUUCUUUUUGAACUCUGCUAUUUUGUAUAAAAGUGCAAUUCAUUUCUCAACCAUUAUUAUUAUUAUUAUUAUUAUUAUUACUAAGGCAGCAAACUGGCAGAAUCUUUAGUACGCUGGAUCAAAUGCUUGGCAGUAUUUUGCCCGUUGCUCCAAUUUGAGUUCAAAUUCCACCAUGGUAGACUUUACCUUUCAUCCUUUGGGGGGGGGGUCGAUAAAUUAAGUACCAGUUAUGCACUGGGGAUGAUGUAAUCGACUUUAUCCCCUCCUCUAAGCUGCCCUUGUGGCAGAAAUUUGAAAUCAUUAUUAUUACUAUUAUUCGCCGAAUUGGUGGAGCAUCAGACAAAAUACCUUGCAACAUUUAGCUGUAGCACUUUAUGUUCCAAGUUCAAAUCCUGCCAAGAUCAACUCUGCCUUUCAUUUUCCCAAUGUCAGUUAUAUAAAAUACCAGUCAUAUACUGUGGUUUGAUAUGACUGACCAUCUCCUCUCCCAGUCAUCAAAUUUUCUAGUCUUGUACCUUUUCGUAACGAAUCAUUGUUAUUCUUGUAUAUGUGAAUCUAAGGCAUUCAUCCAGAGGUUUUUUUGUGCUUUUUUUUUUUUUUUUUUGCAUUAGAAACAGUGUUGUGCAUCUCAGGAGACACACUUAUAAAUAUUGGGAUGGUUUUCUGUUUUUUUUCUAAAAACUGCUUUUUAGCCAUUACCAACCUUUACAGACCUUAAUAUUGCUACUUUUGUAGAAUAUGCCAACAUUUUAUGCUCUUGGGAAAGUCUGUUGAUGUAGCAGCUGUGUAUAAAUUUUCUUUUUUUUUAUAGUCAUACCACAUCAUUUCAUUCAUACAACAUUAUUAUUGUAUUAUUGCAUUAUUAUUGUCAAUUUUGUCUUUCAUCCUUUCGGGAUCGAUUAAAUAAGUACCAGUUAAUCACUGGGGGGUCGAUGUAAUCGACUUAAUCCCCUUGUCUGUCCUUGUUUGUCCCCUCUCCGUUUAACCCCCUGUGGGCAAUAAAGAAAUAAUAAUAAUAAUUAUUAUUAUUAUGAUAGUGAGCUAGAAGAGUCAGGCAAAUGCUUAGUGGCAUUUUGUCCAUCUUUCCGUUCAAAUUUCGCCAGGGUCGACUUUGCCUUUCAUCCUUUUGGAGGUUAAUAAAAUAAGUAUCAGUUGAUCACUGGGGUUGAUGUAAUCGACUUACCCCCUCUCCUCUAACCCUAACCCUCUCCAAACAGGACUUGUAUCUAUAAUAGAGAGAAUUAUUAUUGUUGCUAUUAUUAUUAUUAUUAUUAUCAUUAUCAUUAUUAAGGCAGCAAGCUGGCUGAAUUGUUAGCAUGCCAGACAAAAUGCCUAUCUUUAUUUUCCGAGUUCAAAUUCUGCUGGAGUCAACUUUGCCUUUCAUACUUUCGGGGUCAAUAAAUUAAAUUAAAUACCAAUGAAACACUGGGGUUGAUGUAAUCGACUAGUCCCCUCCCACAAAAUUUCAGGCCUUGUGCCUAUAGUAGAAAGGAUUAUUAUUAUUUUUAUUAUUAUUAUUAUUAUUUUUCCAGCUCUUAACAUCCUGUAUUCAGAUCCUGCCAAACUUAAUUUUUCCUUUCAUUCUUUUGGAUUCAAUAAAGUAGAUUACCAGUCAAGUAUUAGAGUGGAUUAACUCCACUACAUCUCAGUUCCCACCACAUUUUUGGUUUUGAUCCUGUCUUAGAAAUCCUUGUCAUCAUCAUCAUCAUCAUCAUCAUCAUCAUCAUCAUUCCUGUUAUCGUAAUCAUUUCUCAUACUUUUAUUAUAAUUGUUGUUAAAGCAGUGAGCUGACAGAUUCAUUAGUUCGUCAGACAAAAAUGCUUAGCACAUUUUUUCUGGCUUCACAUCCUGAGUUCAAAUUUCCCUGGGGUUGAUGUAAUCGACUAGCCUCUCUCCACAAAAUUUUACUUAUAGUAGAAAGAAUUAUUUUCAUAAUUGCUGUAAGUAAAGAGACGUGUGGCAGACAUAGUAGAGUGCUGGACAAAAUGUUUUCCCAUUUCUGAGUUCAAAUCCUUCCAAGGUCUAGUUGGCUUUUUAUUUCACUGUCAGAGAAAAAAAGAACAUUUUCAAGCUCCUGAUCAACCCUGAUUUAACGCACCUAUAAUCAUAGGUUUCCCAGCUAAGAGUAUCCCAUCUUUUUGUAUUUCUAGUACUACUAUGUUCAAUGUCCUUCUUUUUGUAAGACGGCAGGGUGUGAUUUCAGGAAGGUUUGAUUGCUGCUUGUAGCUGGUUAAUGAACCAUAUAACAUCUCUCAUAUCAACUCUCAUCAGUUAUUCUUAUAAUCAAAGGCAUUUAAACUGUGACCAUCCUCUCUUAUAUUUCAAGCAUAGUCUACCUAGAGUGGAGGCACAAUGGCCCAGUGAUUAGGGCAGCGGAUUCGCGGUCGUAGGAUCGUGGUUUCAAUUCCCAGACCGGGCGUUGUGAGUGUUUAUUGAGUAAAAACACCUAAAGCUCCACGAGGCUCCGGCAGGGGAUGGUGGCGAACCCUGCUGUACUCUUUCACCACAACUUUCUCUCACUCUUUCUUCCUAUUUCUGUUGUACCUGUAUUUCGAAGGGUCAGCCUUGUCACGCUGAAUAUCCCCGAGAACUACGUUAAGGGUACACGUGUCUGUGGAGUGCUCAGCCACUUGUACGUUAAUUUCACGAGCAGGCUGUUCCAUUGAUCGGAUCAACUGGAACCCUCGUCGUCAUAACCGACAGAGUGCCAACCAGUCUACCUAGAGCUACAUAAUUCAAUGCAUCCUUCCUUCUUUUACUUUUUAUUUUUUUCUGUCUUCAAGAUGAUAAAAUGUGAUAUGAAAGAUAUUUCGUUGUUGUAGUAUUUAUAUCAAGCGAAGGAAGGGUCCACAUAGUAGAGAUUUCUAGACAGAGAGAAUGAGAGAGAAGUAUUGAUAAAGUAGUUCAACCAGUAAUAUACUGGGGUUUUAUUUUACUUGGCAUAUAUAAGACUUGCUGUAUAAAAAUUAUCUGGCUUCAUAUCUGCUUAGGAAAAAAAAUGCCCACCAUUAUUAGUAGGAGCAUUAUUACCAUGGUCAACUUUGCUAGUCACCCUUUUGUGGGGGUGGGGUCGUUAAAAUAAGUGUCAGUCAAGCGCUGGGGUUGAUGUAAUCAGCUAGUCCUCUCCCACCAAAUUCUAAGCCUUGUUCCUACAAUAGAAGGCAUUAUUAUUAUUACAAAGGUGUUGGGCAGAACUAUUAGCACAUUGCAGAAAAUGCUUAGUGGCAUUUUGUUUGUGUUUACAGUCUGAGUUCAAAUUCUGCUGAGGUCAGUUUGCUUUUCCUCCUUUCAGGGUUGAUAAAAUAAGAACUAGUCAAGCACUGGGGCUCAUGUAAUCAACUAGUCCCUUCUCUCCAAAAUUUUGAGCCUUGUGCUAUAGUAGAAAGGAUUAUUAUUAUUAUUAUUAUUAUUAUUAUUAUUGGCAGACUGGAACCUGGUGCAGCUUUCCGGUUUACCAGUUCCAGUCAUGGAAAGCGGAUGUUUAAUGAUGUCAAUGAUGAUGAUGAUGAUGAUUAUUGUCAUUAACACAAGCUGAUUUUGUUCCUAGUCACAUUUAAAAAAUAAAACAAAAAAAUAAAAUAAACCCAGUCCCUCUAUGAUAUUCUGCUGGUCAUAUAUGUUCAGGUGUUAUGCUUUAAACAAUCUUAACUAUGGAAUGAAAUCCAAGAUAUAUUCGAAAUCUUUAGCUUAAUGAAAUGAUGUUAUGAAGAUCUAUUUAUGCAUCAAAACAGAAAUAGGAAUUUUUUUAUAAAAUGCGGGAUGUUCAUGGGUCCCUGUAGUUGUUAUCAUUUUCAGUGAAUUGGGAAAAUUGUUCAGAUCAGAAUAGUAUUUGUUGCAGUAUUUGCUCUGGUUCUCUAUGUCCAGGGUUCAAAUCUUGCUGAGGUCAACUUCGUCUUUUAUCAUUUUGGGGCCAUGAAGGUGUGUAGCCAAGUGGUUAUGGUAUUUGGCUCACAACUGUAUGAUUGUGAGUUCGAUUCCCUGCAGCACAUUGCAUCCUUGAGCAAGAUAAUUUAUUUCACGUUGCUCCAGUCCAUUCAGCUGGCAAAAGUGGGGUUGUACCUGUAAAUUCAAAGGGUCUGCUUAGCCACAUCCUGUGUCACGCUGAAUCUCCCUGAGAACUAAAUUAAGGGUACACGUGUUUGUGGAGUGCUCAGCCACUUGUAUGUUAAUUUCAUGAGCUGGCUGCUCUGUUGAUCAGACCAACUAGGACACUCACUCAUCGUAACUGACAGAGAACCAGGCCCAUUUUGGUGUCUAUAAAGUAACAGGCAAAUACUAGCAAGUACUAGCUGACUUCAUUGACUAACCCUUACCCUAACUCAAAUUUCAGGCUUUGUACCUAAUUUAGAAAUAAUUAUUAUUGCUACAAGGGCAAUAGAUUGGCAAAAUCGUUAGAGAGUGUCUGACAUAAUUCUUUGGCCCUUUAUGAUCUGAGAUCAAAUCUUGCCAAGGCCAAUUUUACCUUUCACCCUUUCGAAGUGAAAUAAAGUACCAGUCACCUACUGGUGUAUGUAACUGUACUUUGUUUAUAAUACUAGUCACAUAUACUGGUGUUUAUGAAUAAAAUUUCAUUUUAUUUUAUGAUAAAAUAAUGUACCUCUCACACAUGGAGGGGUUUGGUAUACUGUCAACUAAUCUUCUUUCCCAAAUUUCAAGCCUUGUGCCUAUGUUAGAAAAUUCUUUCUAUACUGUCUAGAAUGGGAAGUGAUGCAAUAAAUACAUUCUGCCAUUGAACUGUCCAAUUAUGUUCCAAGUUCAAUUCUUGCCAAGGACAUCUUUGCUUUUCAUUCUAAAUGUGGAUGGGCUAUUAUAAAAUAAACACUAGUCAAGAUCUGGGGUUGGUUUAACCAGCUGACCUUCACCUCGGCUCAAUUUCUGGCCUUGAAUCUAUCUUAGCAACCAUCAGUAUUAUUAGUGUGAACUGGCAGAACCAGUAGAGCAUUAUAAAAAAAUUAUGUGGUAUUUGUUCCAGUUGUGUACAUUCUGAGUUCAAAUCCUACUGGGGGGGUCAAUGUAAAACGACUAGUCCCAGCCCCCAAAAUUUCAGGCCCUGUGCCUUUAGUAGAAAGGAUUAUUAUUAUUAUUGUUGUUGUUGUGGUAAGCAGGAUCAGUAAGGCAGUAACUAAAAAUGCAUUGUAGAAUUCAAUUACAUUGUUUUAUUCAUGUUCUCAAUUGAAAUCCUACCCUCCUGGGGUCAAUUUAGCAUUUCAUCAUUCUUCCAAAAAAUUCAGUAAAAUGAAGUACAAGAAGUCAAUUUAAUUGAUUUGUACUUUACCUCCAAGAAUUUGUGGCCAAAUUGUUUUGUGCCUGUCUUAGAAAUCAGUGUCAUUUUUUUUAUUAAUACAUCUUUCAUUUUUUUUUAUGAAAAAAUUUGCAUUGUUUUGCUUUGAGAAGAAAAGAAAGAAAAAAAAAACAAGAAAAACAGACAAAAAACUUUGUAAACCAAAAUUGUAAAAAAACAAAAUAUUUCAAAGAAUUCCUCUUUAAAAUUUCAUUGCAAUUCUA